AUGGAAAAGUUACUUUUUGGUUUGCGACAAAAAUGGUGUGACGUAGCCGAUGACAUCACCGAAGUCAAACAGCGCGAGAUCACAAUCGAGGACAUCACAUUAUUUGUUGAGAAACGAGUGAGAGCCUGCAAUCACCCAAUUUUUGGCAAGAUUUCGAGAGAAACGAAAUCCGAGAACACUGUUGGAAAAAACACGAAAUCGACUGAGGAUCAGCCUUUGCAACAAAGGGGAAUGACGACGACUCGCCUUGUACAGCAAUGA